AGGAGCGGCCGCCAUGUUAACCAAGAAUCCCGGAACCUCGGUCCUCCCGACGGGCAAAGUGGGCGAGCCGGUCUACUCUCCUGGUCACAGCGGCUCUCAGACAACGUCGCCCGCCGCCCUGCCGCCGCUUCGUAACAACAACCAUCUUCCCCUGACGGGAGGCUCUAAAGCCGCCAUGUCGGACGCCGUGCAGCUAUCGUCACAGUCCCAGGUCCACAUUACCCAGCUGUACGAGGACAAUAAGCGUCCGGUCCUGACCUCCCAGCCCAACGGCCUGGCUCCACUCAGCUCCACCCGGCCCGGCCUGCCGCUGCCUGACCGGCAGACGUCGUCCUCAGACCCCAGUCACCACUGCCGCCAGGGCAGUGCCACCUCCAACAAGUCGACAGACAGCAAGCCAAAGCCCCACCCCCUGUCCCCGGAGCAGGCCAUGAAGCAGUUCAUGUCUAAGAUGUCCUCGUUCGAACACCACGAGGUCUUCAGCUUCCCUGAGGUGUAUUUUGUUGGUCCGAAUGCUAAGAAGAGGUCAGGGGUCAUGGGCGGAGCCAACAACAGCGGCUUCGACGAUGAUCAGGGAUCCUACAUCCACAUCCCACAUGACCACAUCACCUAUCGCUACGAAGUCCUUAAGGUCAUCGGCAAGGGCAGCUUUGGACAGGUGGUGAAGGCGUUCGACCACAAGUCGCAGACCCACGUGGCUCUGAAGAUGGUCCGCAACGAGAAGCGCUUCCACCGGCAGGCGGCAGAGGAGAUCCGCAUCCUGGAGCACCUGAGGAAGCAGGACAAGGACUCGAGCAUGAACGUCAUCCACAUGCUGGAAAACUUCACCUUCCGAAACCACAUUUGCAUGACCUUCGAGCUGCUCAGCAUGAACCUCUACGAGCUCAUCAAGAAGAACAAGUUCCAGGGCUUCAGCCUCCCGCUGGUCAGGAAGUUCGCCCACUCCAUCCUGCAGUGUCUGGACUCACUGCACAAGAACCGCAUCAUCCACUGCGACCUCAAACCUGAGAACAUUUUACUCAAGCAACAGGGACGCAGCGGCAUCAAGGUCAUCGAUUUUGGUUCCAGCUGUUAUGAACAUCAGAGAGUUUACACCUACAUACAGUCCAGGUUUUACCGAGCUCCAGAGGUCAUUCUAGGCUCCAGGUAUGGGAUGCCUAUCGACAUGUGGUCCCUGGGCUGCAUUCUGGCUGAGCUGCUGACUGGGUACCCGCUGUUACCGGGUGAGGAUGAAGCUGACCAGCUUGCCUGCAUCAUCGAACUCCUGGGUAUGCCCAGCCAGAAGCUCCUUGACGCCUCUAAACGAGCCAAGAACUUUGUCUCGUCCAAAGGCUACCCGCGGUACUGCACCGUCACCACGCUGCCCGAUGGAUCCACUGUGCUGAACGGGGGACGAUCACGGCGGGGGAAGCUACGCAGCCCGCCGGGCAACAAAGACUGGAGCGUAGCGCUGAAAGGCUGCGACGACCCGCUGUUCCUGGACUUCCUCAAACAGUGUCUGGAGUGGGACCCGGCGCUCAGGAUGACGCCCAGCCAUGCCCUGCGCCACCCCUGGCUGAGGAGGCGACUUCCCAAGCCACCAGCAGGAACUACCACCACGGGGGACAAGACCUCAUCAUCUAAACGGGCCACCGCCACCUCCGACAGCGCCAUCACCUCCCUCUCCAAGCUCGCCACCACCUCCUCAACCACCACAUCCUCCUCCUCCAAAACCAGGACUAACUUGGCAGCAAUCACAGAUGCCAAUGGAAACAUUCAGCCUAGGACGGUCCUGCCCAAACUGGUCAGCUGAGAGUGAUUGCACCCCACUCGCUGUGGUGGAAAGUCAGAGCUGUGCUCCCCGAGCAGCUGUGAGCAACCUGCUGGACCUGAAUGAAACUGGUUUGUCCAGUUUUAAGAGCAUUUGUUUUUUUUAAACUGGUUUUCACAGCGUUGUUGGGGUGCGCUCAGGACAAAUGCAGCCAUGGAGGCUUUGCACUGGGUUGUUAAAAUGUGCAGAAUGGCUUUGCUGGGACGUAAACUAAGCUGAAGGAAACUUGAUCGAUGAACUGGGGCGCAUUGUCAGUCUUGACAAUUAGUUGUUUUACGUUGUGAGCAGCAAGAAGUGUUUGAAAUGAUCGUGAGGCUGCAACGACAAUCAAAACACACCAUAUCGCUCUGUAGCUGCGAACACACAAACACACUCAGACAAACAUGGUGCUGUCGGGGGGGAACAAGGCUAUUUUGUUUUUAGUACAUAUUCUAUUAAGCUCAGUUUACAGUUAAUGAACGGAUUAGACACCAAAAACAACUGUUAUUGAUUUUAGUCUUACAAGGUUAUAUCUGUUAGACAAUAACAGCCUCAUAGAAAAUAUUCUAUGUAGUUAACUGACAAAAUAAUGCAGAUAUUUCCAUAUAUCACUAAAGCGACAGCAGUGAUUAGCUCGCUAGUCUUUAUUUAAUAUCUCAAGAAAUUAUAACAUUUUGGGAAACACGAGUAAAAAAAAGAAAAAAAUAUCGAAGUAAAAAAAAUAUUCUAACGAAACCGACGGAACCAUCAUCUACCUGUUAGCUAGCUAACUUUCCUAGCUAGCUGUUUUACAGUGUUGCUAGCUUCGUGCCUCUCAGCUGGCUAACUGCUAACUGGCACUGGUCAGUUGGUAGACAGCUACUUGUUUGUGUUUAGCUGUCAGAUUGCUACCUAUUUACACCUAACUGGCUAGCAGUCAGCCUAGCUUUAGCUGGCUCACUAUUAGCCUUUUUUGGCAGACAGGUGGCUAGCCUUAGCCUCCUUUAGCCAUAGCCUGUUAGCUCUCCACUGCCCAGCCUUACGAAGCACAGAUCGAAUGACUUAACAUUUUUAACGACUCAGAUUUAUAUGAUUUUUAAGUGUUUUUAAGUUUUGUGAGGGUUAGCAGAGAGAGUGAAGAGGUGAAGAGCGAGAAAAAGAGAAGAAGAAUAAGGUGUGUGAUUAUUAAUGACACAAAAUGGCUGCUAGAGGAGGAGACAGAAGAAAGUGGACUGAAGGUGUUUUUUAUGGACAAGUUUUAACAAAGGGCUCUGAUACGUGUUAGAAACCAAAGUCUUGUUUAUCGUCGUGAACCGUUUAUUCAAUAUCGUUUAUAUUUCAUUAGCCACUAUUGAAAGACCAGAUAAAAAAGCUGCAUAGAAAAAUUCCAACUCAUGAAUUUGAAUAGUAUUUUAAGGACUCCACAGUCACAGACGUCCUGAAUUAUUCCAGAUAUGAGGGCAAUGCUACUCAAAGGAAAAGAGACCUUCAGCCACACGGGAAUCACAUGAGGCCAAAUUCUCUCCCUUAAUGUCACAGCACAGAGCGGGAUGUGUUCCCACGACGGUUAAGUUUUUUAGGGUCGAGAGAGCGGAGAGGAUCGAAUGUUUCUUCCUUCUGGCUGUUUGGAAAACAGAGCAGCUCUAAGGAUUUCACAGCUUUAAAACAUCCAUUAAAACGAGACCCUGUGUGAUCGGAGAGGCCAUUUGUCUGAAAUCUUAUAUAUGUUUUGCAAAGCGUGUUCUUGUAUCUUGAGCUUGGCCGCAGCGAGACCCUCACUACGGUCCUGUGCAGAGAAACAUGAGUCUCGCGUCAUAUUUUAGAAGUAAAGACUGUAACCGUUAGUCUGAAGCUGUCCGCUGUGUAUAUAGAGAUUUAUCUGGUUCAAUGCAACAGGGAACCAAGACUUUUAUUUCUACUCUGAUCAAGUGCUUCAAUAAGAGUGAAGAUUAAGACAAAAACAUUUAAACCAAGGAAUUCUUAGUAAAAUAACGUUUUUCAAACUUAUUAACAUAUGAUUGUGCUGCAUUAUGUAAAGCUCCAGUUUUAAUUCAGGGUUUUAAUUCAGAGUAAUAAACAAAAAUGUCUGAGAGUAUUAAAUGACUUUCAACAGUAUUUAGUAAAAAUAACAAAUUAAAAGGGUCCAGUCACACCAGCAAAGUUUCUCUGCGAUGCUCAGAAGCAGUCCUGUUUUCUAUGUCCAAACUACUAUGUUUUAGUUUUAAAACGUAACACUGUUGCUAUGGUUACACCUGCCGUCCACAGUACUUUGGAAUUUUCCAGCCUCUAAAUCAGAGACUUUUAUAAACACUGCUGGUCUUGUUUUAUUUUGAAAACUCCAGUGUUGUUUCAGUCUGGGAAAUAUUUAAAAACACACAUUCUCUUCCUGAUUGGUUCCUAUCAGUCACAUGACUCGACUAUCAGCGGUGAAUCCAAAGCGUUGCUCACACUUCCUGUCAGUAACAGUUCCACCUCGUCAUCCCUACUCUUAAUUUUCACCAUCGCUGCUCUUCGUUCGUUGUAUUUUCUGUAACGAAGCGACCAACCGCAGAGAAGACAAUCUACUUCCUGUUUACACCACGUGACCAGUGUACGUGUAUGGUCGUGUGACGUGCAUUUUCUUGUGUGUUAGUGUAGAGUAUUACGAGAGUAGGUGGAUUUAAAACGCUUGUGUGGGUGGAGGUCAUUUUUGUUUUAGACGUAUUAGUAUGUAUGUAGAAUACGCAGUCAAAAUACUUGAUUCCAGAGUGAAUAUUCAUAAUAACCGUGAUAAUAAGACUGAAAACUCCCAAAAGUUCCACUGAACACAAACUGGAUAACUCUCUGUAAACUCUCAACUUAAGCAACAUUCACUGCUACAAACAACCAAUCACGUGACUGGACCCAGAUUCUUGUAUGAAGUGUUUGAAGUUACAGAACAGAAAUACAGCACAAGAUAAUAACAGAAUCUGAAAUCAUGAACUACAUGAUCCAAAACAUCAAAAUGACCAGUUCCCAUAAUGUGUAGAUGCUGAUCAAACUGGUAAUUUAUUGAUCAGUAGUUAAUGGAUCAAUCAGUGAG